CUCUCUUUCCUAUGCCACAUUAGGCUGCUGCAGGAAGCUCUUGCUCCUUUCCCUUCUGGCCAUGCACAUUCCGGAGUUCGUCAUACAUACACAUAUGCAUACGUCCUCUCAUGCCCUCUUCGGCCCAGCCCGCGUCUUUCUCCCCUUUACAGUCAGCACAGGAUAAUCGGCGAUAUGUUUGGCUAAUUGAUAUUGUAUCCUGCUCAAUAGAAUAAGCGAAUCCGAGUACAUACCCCGCGUCUAGCCAGCUGCACACAGACUCAACCUCCGACUCGAGACCUGCAUAGUAUCAGCGGAACUAGGCCCAUCCUCGCAGAUCAAAUAAGCAGAAAAAAAUUGCACCAUGCCGAAAGAUAAAGAGCGCACCAUGAACCCUGCCGCGGCGCAGCGGAAACUAGAUAAGCAGAAGAGCCUCAAGAAGGGCAAGGCCGAAGCGUUGGCCCGCCGGAAUGAGAAACUAGCCCGUCGCAACCCGGAGCGCAUCCAGCGUCAGAUUGAUGAGAUCAAGUCGAUAGAGGCAGCGGGACAAAAGCUACGGCCACGUGAUCAACAGUUGCUCGAAGCCCUCCAACGAGAUCACCGCGCGGUGCUCAAGGCGCGAGAAGCCCUGGGAGAUAAGGCUCCCCAGUUCGCGAGCUUCGGGUCUAGAAGCGGCGGAGAUCGCGACGGUGACGAUGGAGGCGUUUUAGGAAAGCGCAGGAGGGAUGGUGGUGGUGGCGGCGGCGGGGGGCGCUUCGGACGGCAUGAUCGGGACAGUGAGAGUAGCGACGAGACAGAUGAGGAGGUGCGGAGGAUCCCCAUGCCUCGGGAUACACCCCCGCCGAUUCCGCGCCAGUUCCAGAGGAGACCAGGCGGCGACCAGGCUGAGGGUACACGAGGACCACAUGCUCUUCCUGCAAGACCUCCCGUUGUCGAAGCUAAGGCGGUAUAUGAGGCUAAGCCACAGAUCCGAGACCUGCGACAGGAGGCCAUCAACAAAUUCAUCCCCGCUGCCGUCAGAGCCAAGCAGGAUUCUAUACGAGGGCAGGGUAAGCUCUUGGAGCCUGAAGAGAUGGACCGGCUCGAGCAAGCAGGUUACAAGGCGGAGAUGGGCCAAGCUGGGGUAGCAGAGGCAGCAGGGGCCGUAGGUCAACCAGAAAUGACAGACGACGACGCCCAGAGGCGAAUGUUAGAAGAGGAGGAAAGGAGGUUCAACCAGGAGCUUCGAUCAGUUCAAAUCGAAGAAGGUGAAGAUGAGGAGGCAUAGAUCCUCCUAAAUCAACUUUAAUGAACGUCCAGGACGAUUAUUUUGGAGGGAGGGGGAGGGGAAGGGCAGAGGACUGUUGAUCAGUCAGCGCCUUAUCUACGUACCUAUAUUCCGCUCUCUCUCUCUCUCUCUCUCUCUCUCUCUCUUCCUUUAUCGAGAGACUUUGCUAGUUCUUAGGGUUUGCAGGUUGAAGGACACUGGAACCGUAGAUCACAGAUUUAUUGAUCAUCCAAUCUAGCGCAGGGCUAUGUGAACGAGAAACAGAAUGUGUGUGUGUGUGUGUGUGUGUGUGUGUG